CCUUGGCGCUCUGGGGCGCGGGCGAUUUGGACGUAAUGGCGGGUGCUUGCGUGCAGAUUUGUGGAGGAUGCGCCCCCAGUUGUACGUGUGGCUACAAGAGCAAGUGGAGCGACUCCUCACUGUUGGGCAAGCGGCUCUCUGAAGACUCAAGCCGCCACCAGCUGCUGCAGAAGUGGGCCAGCAUGUGGAACUCCACGAGCGGGGACACGGCGGUGGUCCACAGGGACAAUGCGCUGCCCGAGGGGGCGGCGGAGGCGGCGGAAGAGGAGAGGCCGCUGGUGUUUUUGUGCUCCGGCUGCCGGCGGCCGGUGGGCGACUCGCUGAGCUGGGUGACCUGCCAGGAGGACACCAACUGCAUCCUGCUGCGCAGUGUUUCCUGCAAUGUUUCUGUGGAUAAAGAACAGAAGCUAUCUAAACGUGAAAAAGAAAAUGGUUGCGUUCUUGAGACUUUGUACUGCACAGGGUGUUCACUCAAUCUUGGCUACAUAUAUAAAUGCACUCCCAAGAGUCUUGAUUACAAGAGAGACUUGUUUUGCCUCCAUGUUGAAGCCAUUGAAAGUUAUAUUUUAGGGUCCUCUGAAAAGCAAAUUGUGUCAGAAGACAAAGAGCUUUUUAAUCUUGAAAGCAGAGUUGAAAUAGAAAAGUCUCUAAAACAGAUGGAUGAUGUCUUGCAAGCAUUACAAAUGAAGCUGUGGGAAGUUGAAUCAAAAUUAUCUUUUACUGGUUGCAAAAGCUGAACUCUAUUCUGUGUUCCCUAUUCUCCCCCUCCCACUCUUCCCCUUAUUUGUUAAAGGGAGAAUUGUAGGAAUUC